ACGAGGUGAGGGGCUGUUGCUGAGAGAAAAGAGAGGCAGAGUAGAAAAAAAAGCGUCAACAGUGUCCAUCACAAUCAUAGUAGUGUGAAAGUGAAACGGCUAGCCAGAGACCCGCGCAAGCGGAACGUUAUUGUGAUUAACCGAAUCAGUUUAGUGGUUUUCCCUUUCUAUGUCAUCCUCAGAACUUGCUAGACGACUCAAUGUGUUUAGUUUAGCUUUUAAACAGUUUAAAAUACGAGUUUAAUAACUCUUAGUGAUUUUAGGGUGAUGUGUUGCGCUGUCGUUUGUGGUAAACACGGACCUUUAUUUAGGGAGCGAAGACUCGUAUCGCGUUAUUGGCCAGCGCUUCUCGCGCACCUCCCUUGUGCCCGCCCACACCCUGUUCCUAUGGUUCCCAGCGCUCUCAUUGGAUACUGUAACUUUUGGAGCGAGCGCCGGCUCGCUAUCUAGCCUCAUUUCGAUUGGCUCACAGCUCCUGUCAAUCAAACGGAACAAGCCAGCGAGAAACGCCUCAGAGUUUGUGCUGUCACAUCCAUAGGUUACUGUAUCUGUCAGUGCGCUCUGAUUGGCCAGGCGGGCCAGCUGUUAGUGGUUCAUUCACCAUUUUGUGACUGUAGUGGAAAAGGGAUUCAUAUAGUUUUUAAUCCCUGUCUGAGUUGCUGUUGGGAGGGGGGCAAAGAUGUUUUACGGAGGACCGAUAUAAAGUAAAAUUCCCGACAGACACAAGACAUGGAUGGACGUUGCACGCCACUUCAGACGAAAGGACAGAGCCAAUCUGCUGUAAAUUCAUCGGUUACCUCUUAAGUAUUUCUGCUGUUUUGGUUGUUGUGAGAAGAAACCUCAAAAGAGCCAAUUAAACGGGAGAAGAGAAAUAAGACCAAAGGGGGGGAAAGAAAUAGUUGCCAAACUAAAAAAGAUGAGGCCACCAAAGAAACAGAGAGGACGCUCUCCUUUAUCGACAAGAGCAAAAGGAGCAAGAAAACGAGGGGGCAAGCCUGAAGGACAUUCACAAACAACACCACCUGCACCUUCACAUCAGAAAUACACUCCAUCCAAAGAAGAUAGCUCUCAGGACAAGCAUAUCAACAGUAGCAACAUAUCAAACAGUGAGGGGUUAAAUAAGCAAAUAAGAGAAAGGACAAUGGAAACAUCCAAAUCUGAAGAAAAUGCAGUAAUUCUGAAUAAAGCAAAAAGCCCCAGGAACAUUAACGCUAACAAUUUAACAGAUAAUACAGACUCAAUCAAGAUAGCCAGCAACGCACAUGAAAAUUUACACAGUAAUAGCACAGACAUCUGUAACACAAACACACAAGACUUUACUAGCACAAACAGUAAAGGUAGCAACCAACAUGCAAACAGCGCUCCUAGCAAUACACAAAACACAAAUAAUACAGCCAACAGUUUAAAUAAAAGCAACUCUUUCAGUGCCAACCACACUUCCACCACACCCUCCAGUCGAAAAACAGCCACUUUCAAAGCCAGGGUGCCCAAGAAGAAAUACAUGUAUGAACAUCAAGCUUCCAGUACAUCUCCCAUCAGUUCGAUCCCUGUAGCCCAACUCGCUCUUCAUAGCAAUCACAGCAAUCAUCUAUGUUCUCCACACAACUCAAUUUCUCAGAGCACUACUCCCGUGGUCAGAGAUGAUUUGGUUAAAGCAGAUUCUGAUCUGGACAAUAGUGAGAAUAGUAGGAGAGAAAUAGGUAAAAUAGCAAGCACAGAAGCUCCAAAAGGAGAUAGAACUAAGGGUGAUAUGUUGAAAAGUGAGAUGCCUUCUGAAAGAGAAAAGGUGAUCCAAGGAGUGGAAAUAGAUGGAUAUGGGGAGCAAGCCCCAAAUUCUGUGCGCUCAUCAUCCACAGACACAGCCAGUGAACAUUCAGUGGAUCUGGAAGUACCUGAGCCCUCUUGUGUGCAGCUAAAUACAGGUAACCACGUAAGAAGAUUCAACCUGUCCAACAAUUCAACCCUGUCUGUCCUCCUGUCCCCCAAUCACACACAAACUGAGCAGAGAGGGUCUGCAACAAUAGCAGAAGCACUAGCUAAAGGACUGAAAAACCAAAGGGUGCUAGCACGUAGACGACCAAGAAGAACUUUAAAGGAAGACAAGAAGCUGAUCAAGGAAUGUGUAUUUAUUUGUGGUGUGGUGCGUGGGUCCAGUAGAGAGCAGCUGAAUGUAGAGUUGCAGAUUAAUGGGGAGGGGACACUGCUCUCAUAUCCAUUUCAUACUUUAGUAAGUCGUCCACACCAACCCAUUGACCUCAUUUUAGACGCCCCACCCCCAGGAAAUGAACUUGUGGAGGUUGGGACGCGUGUUUGUGUGCCUUAUGGAGGAGAUAAUGAUAGGGAGUGCUACAGAGAAGGUGUGGUUGCUCAGGUAGACUCUCAUUCAGCUUGCCCCUACAUGGUGCUUUUGCAGGAGGAGUUGGACCAGAAGAAGGAGAGGUGUAGCAAUGAGGAGACGCAACAGACAUCAAGUACACAGACUGUAUGCGUUGCCCGCCAGAACUUGCGUCUCCUUGUUCCGCCAUGGGAUGGGGUUAUGAGAGAGAAAGAACGAGAGGAGAGAGAGCACAGAGAGGAGAUAGAAGUGGAGAGGGAACUAUGUCAGUUAAGUGAGGGAAUGGAUUUGGUAACUGCAAGUACUCCCAGGGACAACUGCAGAUUUCCAUCCCCACACACAGGGGUUCAUCACUAUGGAAGCACACAUCUUUCAUCUUCCACUUCACCAGCAGUUGUGAUGGUAGCAAACAAUAUGUUUACUUUAGCAGCUAGGACGGAGGAUGAGGGAACUGGGAAUAGGGCAAGAGUUAGAGAAAGAGAACAUGAGAGAAAGCAAUUGCAGACUCCAGAGGUGGACAUGGAGGUUUUGCGGCUUAACAUGGCACCACUCAGAGAUGGUGGAGGACACUUAGUCUCAGGGGGACCAAAAACAUGUGCACCUAAUCAGCACAGACAAAUUUUCUCCAAACCUCCUGGGUAUCCAAGUCCCAUUACAGUGGUGCGAGGCAUCUCUGGGACAUCUUUAGGAAGUCCACAGCCAACCCCUUCACCUGCAAUUUUAGGGUCUGAUGGAGGGAUCUCUCACCCUAUGCCACCCUCUGUGCCUCCUUCCCCCAGCUCUAGGGGUUCUCUGACACCUCUAGAAAAGACUCCUACACCUUCACAGACCUCCACCCCAAUACCAGGGAGUUCUGCCUCUUCUUCUGCUUCUUCCUCAAGAUCAAGGACACCUUUGUCAGCUGCCCAACAGAAAUACAAGAAAGGCGAUGUUGUUUGUACACCUAAUGGAAUCCGUAAGAAGUUCAAUGGAAAGCAGUGGCGGCGUCUGUGCUCACGAGAAGGCUGCAUGAAAGAGUCCCAACGUCGUGGCUACUGUUCUCGUCACCUCUCCAUGCGUACCAAAGAAAUGGAGGGAGCAGUGGGAGAGAGAGGGAGUGGAGGAGGUGGAGAGAGUAGCUCAGGGACCGUGACCCCUUCAGAUCUGCGGGGUCGUGCUAGCAGUGAAUUUGAUUGGGAUGAGACUUCUCGUGACAGUAGUGAGACAAGCAGCCGAGGUACUGACUCUCGCCCACGUCUUGGCUUGCCAUCACUGAUUUCUCAAGAUUACUCUCGUUUUGACUUUGAUGAAUGUGAGGCUGCAACUAUGCUGGUAUCUCUGGGCUCAAGGUCUGUAACACCCUCAUACUCACCAAUUUCAAAUCAGUCCCCAUUCUCACCUACACCUUCCCCAUCAGCAUCACCACUUUUUGGCUUUCACCCUGCAAAUUUCAGUCCUAUUACUGCCUCUCCAGUCUUGCCUCCUCGCCGCCACAAACACCCAAGUGGUACCAACAGUGGUGUCCCAAAACAUGGAACAGGAGGCACAGAGAGGGAGAAAGACAGACACUUGUCUGGUAUUGUGCCAUCCUUCCACACCAGUCUAACCUUCACUGUACCUAUGAGCCCAGGCAAACGCAGGACGGAUGCCCCACCUCCCCCAACUCCAUUGUCACAGGAAUAUGCCAAACCUGAUCAGGAACAAAGCUGUCGUGACUCUUCCCUUGUAACAAAUCUCUGCAUUAUCUCUCCUCAGACCACUACUGUCACACACCCCCAAAGACUGCCUUCAACCACUGCCUCUUCCCCACCAGCUUCUCCCCUAAGCUUAGAAUCAGGUUCACAAUCUACAGUGUCCCAGCAGCCUUUGAGAGACUCUCCAGUAAUAGUGAGAAAUCCUGAGGUUCCUUUAAUAAAGUUUACAGAACUCCCACUGGCUAGAGUUGCAGCGGUGGACAGGACCAAUUCCACAGAAAAUAGCCAAACUGGUGUACAUCCAGAGACAGGACUACAGGUUCCUGUUCCAAUUAACGCUGCUUCCACUAAUGGAUCUGUCUUACUGCAGAAUCCCACCUCAACUCUUGUUCUAGUGUCUACUACCUCUUCCAUUCCAAACCCAACCCCUGCAGGUCUACCUACGCAAUCCAGCGCCACUUUAGCCUGCAUAUCAGUGCCUAGCCCUGUCCCAGGGCCUGGUCUCAUUGGUGCGGGUGAUGGAGGGGGACAAGAUAAGAGUGCCCCAGUGACGCUGCAGCAGCCUGUCCCUUGUCAUCCUGCUCCUACUGCCCUGCUGCCGCUCAUACUUCCCACAGAGACCUUGCAUCCUGUGCCAUGCAAAGACAUCAUAAUGGGCCGACCUGGAACUGUGUGGACUAAUGUUGAGCCCAGAUCGGUUCCAGUGUUUCCUUGGCAUUCAUUGGUCCCUUUCCUGGCACCCACCCAAUCAGAUCCAUCGGCUCAACCUGGUGAGGGCCAACAAACUGUCAGUCAUCCCCAGACAGCUUCUCUGAAGAAAGAGUCUCAGAGCGGGUCAGUGCUGAAGGAGAUUAUAGAGGGAGCACAUAACCCUUCCUCACGCCCCACUCCCUCCGCUGAUGAACUGCCCCCGGAGAGAGAGAAGGAUGCGGAGCGAGAGAGACCUGACAGUGAAACAGAAAGUGACGUGGAUGAUCCGUUUUUCCCCGGUGUUCUUCCUGAUCCGCCAAUUUCUGCGUCUCCUGGAAAGCGUAGAUCUCAGUCCCUCAGUGCACUGCCCAAAGAUGACAAAUCCAGUCCUGGCAAGAGGGAGAAAGACCACAUCCGGAGACCCAUGAACGCAUUUAUGAUCUUCAGCAAGCGGCACCGUGCACUGGUUCACCAGAGACACCCAAACCAGGACAACCGCACCGUCAGUAAAAUACUUGGAGAGUGGUGGUAUGCCUUGGGGCCCAAAGAAAAACAAAAAUACCACGACCUCGCAUUUCAGGUGAAGGAGGCACACUUUAAGGCACAUCCUGACUGGAAAUGGUGUAAUAAAGACAGAAAGAAAUCCAGCAGCGAGGGACGUGGUGUUCCAGGGGGCAAAGACAUCCGCGAGAGGAGCAUGUCAGAAACCACAGAACCUCCGUCUGUGUCAAUGGGGAUGGAGCUCAAAGGUGUGGGGCCCGGCAUGGUGAGCGUAUCAGAGCGAGGCGGAGGUGAGGGACAUGGUCAAUUGCCUCGUCCUCGUGCCUUCUCUCAGAGCGCCAUGCACAAUCUGGAGAGGAGCGAGAGAGGCAAUCCACAGGCACUCGCUGAGCUGGCACAGAUGUGUGGGGAUGGUGGUCAGGUUGCAGGGCGGGGUGCUCUCUCUCAGACGCAGAGGGGGGUAAGUGAGGACAUGACAAGCGACGAUGAGCGUAUGGUCAUCUGUGAAGAAGAGGGGGAUGAUGACGUCAUUGAGGACUCAUAUCCGGGUAGCUCCAUUGACCUGAAGUGUAAGGAGAGGGUGACAGACAGUGACAGUGAAAAUGGAUCUGGAGAUGAAGGAGAACGCAAGAGAGUUUUUGCUCCAGUGAUUUGCUCCUCGUCUUACGGCCCUGGUCACGGUCGGAGCGUGUCUCUCUCCUCCUACCCCACUUCUAGACGCUUUAGUGACACUUCCUCAAAAAGAAAACGAACAAUGGAGGGAGGUGAUGGAGAGCGAAGGGAAGGUGAAGGAGGUGUGUCCCAGUCAUCUGGAGGUCAGUCCAUCCUGGUCAGUUCUGGCGGGGGAGUGUCGUCAGUUCUAGGAGCUGUGAGAGUUGCGUCCACUGUCGUCACUAAUGUGGUGCGUCCUGUGGUCAGCACACCAGUGCCGAUCGCCAGCAAGUCCCCACAUGACAGGAAACCCGCUCUUCCCCAGACACAGCUUCUCAUCGGCCCUGGUGCCACAGGAAACACAGCAACAGCUUCAGCUGGAGGGGGUGGGUACUAUUCCUCAUCAUCGCCCAAUCCCGUUAGUGCAUCAGCAGGUCAAGGGGGGCUGGUGACCAAUCUAGUUUUGGGAGGCACAUUCCAGGCUCCACCCACUGUACAGCUUGUCACACCUCCUCCUCCACAAAACCCAGCCUCCCCAGCAUCUGCCCCACUUACUCAUAGUAACGGUCCGUUGCCUCUGCCCAUGCUGCAGUCGCACAUUCUCCCCUCCGCCUCAUUAGCGCCCUCGUCAGGCCAGAAACCGAUAACACAGGUCCAGUACAUUCUCCCUACCCUCUCUGCCAACAAUCCCAAGAGCCCCUCUCCUCAGCAGGCCAGUCAGCCAACCAGUAUCUUCACCCUACCCACAGCUCUGCCCACUCACGCCUCACUGGCCAACGGGAAGCAGUCGGGGUACGUCUCCAGUCCUGCUGUGGGAGUGGUUAGCCCAGGAGCCAGAGUGCAAACACAGUCACCAGUCUUGCAGGGCAAGAUGCUGGUUCCCAUGGCAACAGUGAGGGCUGCUCCUGCCCCCUCUCAGCAGUUUCCCUUGGUAGCCCCUCCUCUUCCUGUUCAGAAUGGAGCACAGGCAGGAAGCAAGAUUAUUCAGAUUGCUCCGAUGCCUGUCGUCCAGUCGCAACUCCCCUCUACGGGACCAGUGCAACCUGGGAGCCCUUUUUCUGUUACUAUGGGAACAGCUACAGUGGUCGCCCCAGGCUCUACCCCGUCUCAAACUGUGCUGCUACCGCCCCCACCAACAAGAAUCACUUAUGUACAGUCCACUCCUGGGGUUCCUUCUCCUUUGCCAUUAGUUUCCACCACAACAGGCUCCUCUUCUCAGACAGUUUCAGCAGCACCUGGAUCUGCUUAUGUGCAAUCACCCUUGGCGACCUUUGCAGCGAUCGCUCAUCCAGGACAAACUUUGGUGCAGCCACUGAUUGCAGGUCAGCCAUCGCUGCUGGCCCCAGCACAGUCUCCCAGCGCCCCUCACGCUCCUGCCAUGACCGCCAUCUACACCCCUACAAAUGUGACCUUGGCAACUGGUGUGGUGUCUAUGGCGACAGUGUCACCAAGUGUGGUGUACACAGUGUCCAGUUCCUCUGGCCUAUCUUCACACAUCCUUCCUAAACACACCACAACAAACUCCAUGACCUCUGUAACCUCGGAUAGGCAGGGGAACGUAUCUUCACAUUCUGAGAGACAGUUGCACCAGGAGAGAACACUGGACCGGCAGCACACGGACAGUCCGGGCUACACGCAGUCCUCUGAGAGACAGACAGAGAAAGUCUCUCUCUUACAGCCAGACAAACAGUUCCAGGUGCCGAGUAAGGGCGGUAGCAGCUCAGUUGUGCCUCCACAGGGCACCUCAGUGCCACUGCAGCCUGGAAGCCCUGCUCAACCCUCACAUUCUGGCAGUGCUCCGGGGACACCCAAACUGAUCACAGCAAGGCCUCCUCAGAAAGUGAAAGCCACAGUGGCCAACAUCCCUGUGGGCAGUUAUGAUGGAGGAGGGAGAGGCAAAGAACGAGACAAGGAGAGGGACAGGGAAAAAGAGAGAGAGCGAGAGAAGGACAAAGAGAGUGGUAGUCGGUUCUCAUUUGAGAUAGACAAGGCAGCUGAGACGAGUUCCCCAGCAGCGCUUCCACCAGAGGAGGGGUCAACUGAAGCCCCCACUCACUCUGUAGCGGAAAGUGGUACCCAUAGUGGACGUGGCAAAGAAGCAAAUGCUAAGGAGGCUGAAUGGAAGGACUCCCACCCUUCUUCUCCAUUACCUCCUCCCUCUGGAUCAGAUCCUGCCCCAACUCAGUCUCAUGGUGAUAAAGAUGCGCCACCUAAAAAAGUCAAGGCCCGCCCCCCACCACUCAAACGACCAUUUGAUUCUGUUGACAAGGUCCUGUCAGAGGUGUACUUUGAGGAGCGCUUCGCAGAGCUUCCAGAGUUCCGUCCAGAGGAGGUGCUGCCCUCUCCAACCCUGCAGAGUCUGGCCACCUCCCCACGAGCCAUACUGGGCAGCUACCGCAGGAAGAGGAAAAACUCCACCGGUGAGAACCUGGACUCGUCCACAGAAGAUCCUAUCUCUCCAAAAAGGAAAAGCCGCCGCAGAUCUAGCUGCAGUUCAGAGCCCAACACACCUAAAAGCGCUGCAAAGUGUGAGGGGGACAUUUUCACCUUUGAUAGGCCAGAUGGAGAGGAUAUACUGGGGGAGCUGGAGUUUGAUAAGGUGCCCUACUCCUCUCUCAGGCGAACUCUUGAUCAGAGGAGAGCUCUUGUCAUGCAGCUAUUCCAGGAACAUGGCUUCUUCCCUUCAGCUCAAUCUACUGCUGCGUUCCAGGCACGAUACGCUGAUAUCUUCCCCACAAAAGUGUGCUUACAGCUCAAAAUCCGUGAGGUCCGGCAAAAGAUCAUGCAAACGGCAGCUCCAUCGGAAUCGGCCGGCAUUUCAGAUCUUUCCUCGUUACCGGGACCUUCUGGGGCGGCAGCCAGUGACAUAGCUGUAGGCGUGGACCCUCAGGAAAAAGAGGCCGAGCGAGAGGGUGAGCAGAACAGCCCAGACGAUCCCAGAAACGCUGGCGAUUCACAGGACUCCACCAGAUGAGGUUGACGGGCAGACGGAUGGCUUGAAGACCAGAUGUCUCCCCUCAACGUCUGCAUGAUCUACAUUUGUUGUCUUGUCUCUGCUAUGACCACCUCCGAAGGUCAUGGCGAGAAAAAGCAAGAGCAGAAUUUUCAUGUGUAUGGAGAAGAUGAGGGGAGACGCCUCAAAACACUUUGGGGUUUUUGAAACUUUACAGUAUUUUACGUGACAAAAUUAUGAAAACUUUACAUUUGACACACAAAGACACUUGCCUACAUAAACACAGACACUCUUGAAUUUACAGCAUUAUCCUAGUCAUUAGGCUUCCUUUGGACUUUGAAACUAGAGGACUGUGGGCCUGUCCUGUACACCAGUGAAGUCACAGUGCUGCUGAUGUCUCUAGAAAGGCGGGAUGUAUGAGGGCACCCAAUCCAUUUUCAGACCGAGUUGUGUUCAUAUGGCCUGAUUGGCAGUAGCUUGGCCACAGGUGUUUUUUUUAUUGGUUAGUGGGUUACUGCCGGUCAUUGUGAGGCGGGCCUCCAUUGGCUGAGUUUAAGUGAUAAUGAAGACUUAUUGGACUUUUAUUUUUGAUAUUUUGUGUUUUUUUUUUUUUUUUUUUUUUUUUUUUCUUUCUUCUGUGGUGUUUUAAUUUUUGAAGACUUUUCACGGAGAGCUUUGUUAAGGCACUGAAAACCUUCGGUGAGGGACUCUGAACUGCGCGCUGCCAUUCAGAAACCUUUCGUCCUAUGAUUGGCUUUAGUGGUUGUCAGUCAAACUGGAGUCAUUCCAAAGCCUCUGAUUGGCUAGCCAUGAAGGAAAAGGUCAUGGAAGGGAAGUCAACAGGCACAUUAUUGCCAUUGAUUUAUGUUUUUCCAUAUAUUAAGAGAUUCCACAUAUUUAAACAUUUCUUUCCCUGCCUUUUUUAUUCAACUUUUCAUGAGCUGGUGAAGCACAGAGCAAUGAGAAUGUUGGGAAUAUAUUCUUAAGAAUUUACCAUAAGAAUUUUAUUAACUUUUUAGAGAAGAAACUUGAUUUUUCAACACGUAAUGCUACAGGUCAUUAUGUUAUAAAAUCUCUCAUUAUUACUGUUCUUAUUAAUGCUUUGUUGUUCUUGUGGAUCUGAUCCUUAUAACCUAUAUAUACUGUAUUCCUAUUAAUAUACUCUUUCUUUAGCAGAAACAGAGGGAUGGCUUCACCCUCUUCCCUCGCUCCUAGAGGCACUUCCACUACCUUUUUUUAAAAAACAUUUUUCUCUUAUGCUCUUUAUCUUGGUAUUCACAAUACGUUUUAUUUCUUAACCAGGAAGUAAUUACAUAGGCCUUUGUUGUAAGACACUCCAAACAUCUUUCUGAUAGUUGUACACUUUUAUUAUUAUUAUUAUUAUUAUUAUUAUAUUAUUGUUAUUAUUAAUUUGAUUUGCCACUUACAUUCCUCCCCUUCAUUCCUCCUGUCACUUUAUCGUUCUUUCCUCGAUCACUUUAAGGCUGUAAGUUGGGACUGGGAGGACAUCAACGGUGAUCUGCUCCUGCACGCUGGUCUUUGUUGUACAUAAAUACUGUAAGACUCUACCAUCUGAAUAAAGAGCAAAAGCAUCAUUGGAAGAAACAAAGCCAGUAACAGGAAAGGAAAUUGUAAAACAAAAGGAUAAAUAAAGAAAUAUGGUUAUAAACUGUC